CACAUUUUUAAUUUGAAUUUAAAAUAGUACGGCAGCGUUUAAUUUUUAUAAAACCAAUUUCUGAAUUUAGGAUCAAAGAUUAACGGCUAUAAAUUAUGAAAAUGAUUAGAAUUAGCGGAAGAGGCUAUUUACGCCAAUGGAAGCGCUUUGGGGCGUAUCUUUACGAACGUGGAUUACACCACACAAGACAGCCAUGGUCAUGUGUACCCGCUCCCAAGGGGAAAGGACCACAUUGGUAUCGUCGAAAAAUGAAAAGGAGAAUGAAGAAACGAAUGAAGCGUUUGGAAAUUAUGUGGGCCAGAUACAAGAAACCACCGCGAUUAACAGAGCGGGAAGUUAAAAUAAAACAAAGGAAACAGUUCAUCGAAGAACUGUAUCGAAGAAUAAAAAUUAUGGCACCGUAUUAUCGUAUGAGGCAAAGAGUUUUUUCAUGCGGUAGUAUAAACGUAUUCGAAGCUUUUAGAAGAAAAUUUGCGGUUAAAAAAUAUGUCCUUGAAAUACAUUUAGCCGAUCAAAGGAUCUUACUUACUCAAUUAAGCUUUCUCAAAUCAACCAGCACUAUGGCCGGAAUAAAAAGAACUGUUCGUGUUAUAAACAGUUUAACGAGAAUGAAGAUGAGAGGGGCCCUUGCUUUCAAAGAUGCUUUAGUUCAACGAAAGAUUGUCAACCGCAGAUUAGCUGAGAAGAGAAAAUACUUCCUAAAUAUUCUGGUCCCACUCGCUGAAUAUUAUCAUAAGAUAAAAAAUUAUGACAACGUGAUCAUACCAAGGUACUUCGCGGCCGUAGAGAAGAUGGUGUUCCAGGAAAGAUACGUCCCUCGUAAAAAUGCUGUAGAGCAACGUUUUUUACAAGUAUUCGGAGUGAGUCAAAUGAGGUACAUGGAAUUGAAAGCAGCCGCCAAGGAAAUGGGGUUUUACCUUCGAACAAGAUACUAUUUCACAGUUGGAAUAUCCAAAGUGAUAAGUCAACUUUAUUUCGCUAAAGAUAUCGUGUUGGAUCUAUUAAGAGAUGGACAUGAAGUUUUGACUAAAAUGUUCCAUUAUUACAACACUUUUAUGACCAUGGAAGCUUUACAAAACAAAGUUCUAAAAAGUUUAGAAAAAAGAAGAUUAACAACACGUUAUAAACGCCGAGAGUUAGAAUUCGAAGUGGAAUUCUUGCUAGAAAAGCAUAAUUUAUACGAACCAAUCCGUCAGUGUUAUACAGAGAUACCAGCAUUGCCAUAUAUAUCAACUGACAACAAGGAACAAUUGGCUAUGAUGUUAAUCGAGACAUUUAGAGGUUCCAGGAACUUCAUGGAUAGGAGCUAUAUAGACGGCAUGACUAACAACACAAUGGAGGAUAUAUGGGCCAGGCAUCCUGGAAAUAUGGAAGUCUUACACCGUAUCGCCUUGAAAUUCUCAAUAAAAUUUGUCAAAGUUUUGCUGAUUAUUCAAGAUGAGAAUAACCGAAAAAUAUAUUUCGAGGAAAGGAGGAAGGUUUAUACAGAGUGUAUAGUGUAUGUUUUUUAUUCAAGUAUCUUAUAUUCUGUUCGAGCCUCCAUAUUUUUUAUCUACUCUAAAAGGCUCAGGCCACACACAUACGAAGCGGAAAUCCUAGUAAUAAAAAAGCUGUUUCGUGUCCAGGAAGAUCAGAGACUUUUCGAAUUUUUUGUUCGAAGCAUGUUUAACUUAACCAAAAGGACACCAUUAUAUCAUAAAGGGAUGUUAGGGAUUCAUCACAGAAUGAUAGGCGGGAACAAGGAAAGGUGUUUGAAGGAUGAAUUUAAAUUCUACCGUAUGUUCCUUUCCAUUAGAAAUUCGUUAACAACAAAACGACAACGUCAAAUGUGGGCCAAGGUGAGGAAAGCACGAGAGGAAAAAAAGAAACUAACGCGUUUGAUCAAUUUUUCUGUCCACGCAAAAAUCAACCCAGAAAUCUUAAGAAUAUUUAACUUUUAUAGAACUAACUUUGAAACCAUAUGCCCUCUGUGCUGCUCAGCUGAAAGAGAAAGCUUUUUAAUUACAGUUGGUGAAAAGGAAGAUAGGUUGCAGGAUGUUCCGGACAUAAUAUCAUCUGCACAGCACUACUAUCUGGGCGCAAAGAUAAUAGAUUUAUCUCAUGAUAUUGAACAUUGUACACAACCAGCAGCGACUUUCCUCCUGAAAAUUAAAAUUUUAGAGGAAAGAAGAAAAAAAGCAUAUCUGGGAAAGGAACAGUGGUUCAAAUUCUAAUAAAAUUCUCCCUUUGAUAACC